CCGAGCGUGUCAGUCUAUGGCCCGGCGGCGGCUCCAAGGCUGCCGGGUCACCGCCCUCCCGGCGCUGCUGCUGCUGCUGCUCCAGCCCCAGGCGUUACAGGGUGGCAUCACAUGCCCUACACCCGUGUCUGUUGAACAUGCAGACAUACGGGUCAAGAGCUACAAUCUGAGUUCCAGGGAGCGGUAUGCUUGUAACUCUGGCUUCAAGCGUAAAGCUGGGACGUCCAGCCUGACUGAAUGUGUGCUUAACAAGAUCACAAACACUGCCUACUGGACAACUCCCAAUCUCAAAUGCAUCAGAGACCCCUCCCUGACUCAUCAAAUGCCUGUGUCACCCUCCACAGUAGCACCAGCAAGGGUGACCCCGCAGCUGGAAAGCUUCGCCCCUUCUAAAAAAGAUGCCUCUUCAGACAAUUCCACAGCUGUCACUGGUAAUUCCUCAGCUGUCACUGUGGCAGUCCCCACAUCUGUCAUCCUGCUUUCUGGAGUAGGUGUGCUAUUUUUUCUGGCAUAUUACAAAAGAACAAGGCAACAUCCCCCAACACAAAAUGUUGAAAUGGAUAACAUGGAAGAUAUGCCAAUGACUGGGGAAACUAGCAACAGAGAGGAAGAUAUAGAAGGCUUCCAACACGAUUAUGAAACUCAAGGGGAAAACCAAGCCCAGAAUGUCUGAAGCAUAGGAGCCAACUCUGCUUUAGCAAAAGACAACAUAGAGAAAGCUCAAGGAGUUAGGUGUCAGGAAAAAGCCCACCAGAAUAAUAAAACAUCCCUGGCAUUACUUUACUUACAGUGCUCAGCCAAGCAUCUCCUGCAUGGGUAUGUUCUCCAGCCAUAGAUGGACUCUGGCUGACUGUCAUGUCAUGCCACAGGUUUACGGGCCAAGUUCCCAAAGUCAGAGCCGUUGAAGCUUUCCAGGGAGAAGUUAAAGGCUUCAGGUCUUCCUCCUUAGGGUUUUAUUUCCUUAUAACAUUUAUUCAGGACAGUUUAUCGACCUGACUAUCUAUUCCAUCCUUCAUCCAGACUUGUAGUUUACAAAUAAAAGAAGAAUACUUGAGGCUCUAAUUACAAGGCUCUUCCUGGCUUGGAGAUGCCUAAAGGAUGACACCAGCAUUUCAGCUCCUAAGAACUCUAUCUCCAGUUAGGUGCUCCAUAGUGCAGUGAAAGGGAUCACUGACCGGUGGAAAAAAAGCCAUGCCCAAUGGAUUCUCUUGACUUAAGGAUUCAGAAAGAAGAAUGCUGAACUCAGUGACAUUAAAAUGUAAACAUAUGUAUACAUUUAUAUUUAUACUUCUUGUAUAUUAUAUUUACAUAUUAUAUGAUUUGUAUUUUGAAAUUGUACCUUGUAUAAAUAAAAUGUCUAUUUUCAAUACAAAAAAUAUAUGCCCUAGAAGAAUCCUUGAGGAGAAACAUAUCACAAAGAACCAAAGAGGAGGAAAGAGUGAGAACGGAUAAUCCAAAAUGAGAAAAUCCUUGUCAAAAAGUGGAUCAGAUCCCAGUUUUGGAGAAUUUCUAAUAGAAUUUCCAUGUGGGAAAUCAUGUAAGAAGCAACAUAAUCUAAUCUAGACAGUGGCAAUUUAUGGCACAGCAUGCCUGAAUUAUCGAUGGGACUUUAAUACAA